AUGCAAGGUAAUCAAAGACGUGCAACUGCAUUUACAUAUAUGAAUUCAUCAUCAUCAAGAAGUCAUGCUUUACUAAUUAUAUGGAUAGAAAGAAGAGAACGAUCAACAUCAUCAUUAUCAAGAGAAUAUACAUCUUAUUUAGGUCGUUUAAAUUUGAUUGAUUUAGCCGGUAGCGAAGAUACUUCACGUUCAAAAGCUGAAGGUGACAGAUUUCGUGAAGCAAUUAAUAUUAAUACUGGAUUAUUUCAAUUAAGAAGAGUAUUAGAUGCACUGUCAGCAUCUUCAUCCUAUGUUCCCUACAGGGAUUCAACCUUAACCCGUUUACUUCAAUCAUCAUUAUCAACAACACAGUCCAUCACAAUAUUAAUUUCUCAUAUUAGUUCAUUAAAUAUCGAUCUCUCUGAAACUCUUAGUACUUUAAAAUAUUCUCAGAUAGCUAAAUGCGUACAGCGUACAUCAAUCCCUGCACAAAAACUUUGUAAAAAUAUAGAUACGAGUGACGUAAUGUUUGGUGAUUAUAAUGAUCCAGUACAGUGUUUUUAUCGUCGUACAGUUUAUAUUCAUACACCUUCUUAUGAAAAAAUAUUUGCUCGAUUAGCAGGACAUAGGUAUGAUGAACAACAGAAAUGUAUAUUAUUUAUACAUGGUUCUGGGCCUAUAAAUUCUUCAAUGUAUUGGAAUGAUCUUGUAAGAAGACUAUUAUUCGCAACGUCAUCAUCAUCCUCGCUAUCUCCCUAUUAUUUUGUAGCUAUAGAUUGUCCAGGUUAUGGUCGUUCAGAUGGUGAUAAACAAACAAUUCGUUCUUAUCCUGGCGCUUUUAUUCAAGAAAUAAUUGAUUGUAUUUCACCAACAACACAUAAAGUAUAUUGUCUCAUUGGUUCUUCUCAAGGUGCAGCUGCUGUAUUCAAUGCAUUGGUCGAAAAGCCCGCCAUAUCAUCAUUUUUAGCCGUGCAAAAUCCUGUUUCACACUAUCCUCAACGUUUUGUAUGUAUAAAACAGCCUGCAUUAUUAAUGUAUGAUACAGAUGAUGAUGGGCAUCCUGUUAGCGUUGGCAGAUUAGUUAAGAAGUAUAUUCUAAAUAAUCAUUAUUAUGAAUUUGCAAGUUCAAAACAACCAAAGUGGUUAGAACACAAUGCACAUUUAAAGUUGUUACAGCUGUUCAAUGAGUAUGAUGCAAACAAUAAUACAACAAAUGCUUUAUCUUUACAAUUAACAGCAUC